AUGUCGGCAGAAAGUCCUGGCCAGAAGAAUGGCUUCAAGUCAUUUUUCUCCAACGCAUUGCGUCCCAAGAAAUCACGUCAAACCCUUCGCAAGGGUAGCAGAUCGACAACAGACCUGCGACUGGCCGCGCGCUCCAGUAUCGAGGAAGCCCCUCCAAUGCCAGAGCUGGCUCCAUUGCACGCCCAUAGACUCAAAUACAGGGAAUUACAUGCGCAAGUGGACUUACAACUGGGUGAGCGAAGGGACUACACGGAAAUCAUCCAUACGCUAGGCGCAUUGGACCUCAACGAUGCCAGCUCUCCAACCCACGAGCAAAAUGAUCACCGACCCCCCGGCGAGGGCGAUAUAGCAAGUCUCCCACCAAAGCUAUGGGCGCAAAUAGCAGGUUAUCUGAAUCCCGCCGAAGCAGCAAGCCUAGCAAUGGCCAGCAUCACAUUAUACCGACGACUAGGCCCAAGAUACCUCGCGGCUCUAGACAACCCAGACAACCACACGCACAAAAUUAACUUCCUCUCCAGUCUGGACAUCUCCCUCCCGCACCACCUCCUCUGCUUCCCCUGCAUACAAUACCACCGACGCACACAAGAAGGAACCGAACGUAUCCGCCCAAGCCACGUCCUAAACCCGCUCUUCAACUGCUCAAACUCAAGAAACGCCCUGAAACCCCCACCCCGCCACCGCAUAACCCACGGCCGCAACCUGCCCUUCGCAUUCGUGCAACUAGCCAUGCGCGCCCACCGCUUCGGCCCCAGCUACGGACUGGCCCCAGACGCACUCGGUCGACGCUGGCAGCGAGAUAACUGGUCGCAUACAUCGCGCUUCCACAUCCACGAAGGCAGGCUCCUAAUGCGCGUCACCAGCCAGACCUUUGCGGCGCCGGCUCUCACGCCGUCCGCGCAGCGCAUGCUGCUGUACUCGCGCGAAGACUACUGUCCGUACUUUAGUGUGUGCGCGCACUGGCGGGACGGCGAGCUCAUGCCGGCGUGUAAGUGUGCGCUGGAGCAUAUUCCGCGGCCGCGGAGUAGUGGUGGGUUGCAGGCACUCGAGCACCGGGUAAAGGACCGGAUUGCGGGACAGGCGUUUGAUCCGAAUGCGCUGACGACGCUGUGUGGGUUCUGUCGGCCGAUGCGGAGGUGUCCUGAGUGUCCGACUGAGUAUCUGACUGAGGUCAAGCUGAGUGAGGAUCUGGUGGAUCGUAGAUUCAAGCAAUCUAUUGUGAUUACGCGUGGGGGGGCUAUUAAUGGGAAGAGAGAUGAUUAUGAUUCUUUUGCGCAUUACGCUAAGCGUGGGAUCGCCAGUAUCUUUGAGGCGGCUUUUACGGCGGAUACGCUUCCUGGGCAGCGGGUUGUUUCACUGAAUCCGAAGAAGAAGAAGCUUGGGGAGGAGGGAAAUAAGUGGUAUUAG